GCUGCGAUAGUUGAAAGUCGAAAACGCGCCAAGUAGUGACCGUGACGCGUUGUCGUUUCAGAAUUGCAUACAAACUGAAUAUUAUUGAAUUUUAAGUGACAUUUUAUAGUGAUGUGUACAAGGAACAGUAACAUAAGAAAGAGCAGUAACGAAGGAUCGAAGAAAUCAUCAUUAUGGAAAGUGACAGAAGCGAGGAAGACGAAUCUACUCCGAAACGUUAGAUGGUCGAAUUCACGGUAAAGCGUGGAAUCAAUGGCGGUGCAUGGUAGAAUCGAUAUUGUUCGAAGAAAACUAUUCCAACCCUUCAAGACAGUUACGUACUGCGGAAAGUAUGGUUCUGAAAACACUCUGAAACGAAAAAGCGAUACUUCGAAGAGAUGGGGUUACGUUCGAUCAACGAUUCGUUCUGUAAGUAUGGCGGAUGAACGAACGAAAAUAAGAUAAGGGAAGGAACUCGUAGACAGAUCAUAAGAAGUAGUAAACACGUUGAAUAGGAAUAUAUGGGUAGAUUCGACAAAAGGUGAACCCACAAAGUGGGUCUGGCCGUGUAUAAAGCGGGAGGCAGCCGGCCGACUUCGUAGGUAGAGGAAAUAUAUCGGAGCUCGGAUGUAUUCGGGCAGACUCGUGCGUUCUCGGUGGCUGGUGGUGGCCGCGCACCUCCGCCAAGAGUUUCACGCUGCGUGGAACGAAACUCGUACGACGUACGCGAUCAGCUCGGCCGAGGCAAUCCGGCAUCCUUACGUAUGCUCGUUGCGUUCUAACCGAUAUGGUGUUUUUUUCCCCUGUAAUUGUGUCCCCGAUCGAAAUAUCGAAAUAUCGUCGUGAUCGCGUCGAGAACCGUUUUCGAUCCCCUCUCGCUGUUUGUGAUCGUGCGAGAGCGAGCAUCGGUUGCCGUUCCACUCUCGGAGCCAGUGUACCGUAAAAAGUUCGCGGAAGACGGUGAAAACGCGACUCCGGUUGUUUCGCGUACGGUGUUUCACGCUCGACGGCGACUCAUCGUUUCGAAACAUCACAUAGGAGAGGGAGAAUAAUCGUGGCGUCGCGUCGAGCCAGCUGGAAGUGACAACCCACUCUCUCUCUCUCUCUUCCUUGUUGUUCCCGCUCACGCGACUCGUCCUAGGGACAGUCGACGAAUGACGAAAGUGGAAAGGGUGCCCGCUAGGGCCAGGUAACGAUCCGACCGAAGGAAAAUCGGAGUCGUAGGCGGGGCCUAAGGUCGGGGGACACGUGACACGGAAACUGUCACGCCGCCCUUGUGCUCCCCACCUUCACCCCCCUCCACUCGACCGAAAAGCAUCGAGCUGGCUAUACGAGCGCUGCUUCUACCAACCGACAGCGUGCCGCUCAACGCUUCUGUCCGCUUGCUCGCAAUCACUGUUGCCUUCUCCCUCUCUCUUAUUUCUUUUUUUACACCAUGAUGACGCCUAUGAAGAUGAUCAUGUAAGGAUGCUUACCCUGCAAACGAUGCUUCGUAUUAUAAAGACGAAGAAGAAUUGAUAAUUUUUCAAACACGGAUGUUCCUUGUUUAUAUUUCUCGAUGAAAUGAAGGAAGGAGAGUGACUUCUUACACCUGUACGAUCUUCGGCCCUGAAAAGAUUAUGACUGUACACGCCUCGAGUUUGUGUACACCGCGCAGACUGUUUACCCAAUAUCCUCGUUCCUCAGUAAGGACCGAUUCGUUCUCGGUGAAUGAUGCGCACCGGAUAGCAGGUCCCUCGUUUUAACCGCGCGAUGAGGUUGUCGAAGAUACGCGGCGCGUGAAUAUCGCGAGGAUGCAGCAGGCGAGCGUGGGUGGUUGCAAAGGGGACCCUGGACGGGUCAAGUCGCCGAAGAAUUUUGCCAUGAAGACCGACAUCGCGGGCGACCCUGACACUCGCGUCACAGUCAAAGUCGAGGCUCCAGAGUCGACGGAGAUGUUUGAGGUAAAGCGAGAGCCCCAGGACGAGUAUCAGCACGACUAUCGCUACGACAGGAAGUCAAUCGCACCCUCGAAACUCGAAGUGAAUCAUGAUAUGGCUGGUCAAACGCAGCAUCAAGGAUACCGUCCUCCUACCAGUGCUUUUCCAAAUUCCUAUGGGUUCCCGCAUUUUUACGGGCCAACGAUGUUGCCUCCCGCGUUUCCUGGUCCAGGAGCUCGACAGGAUAAAAUGGAAGAACAAGAACGGGAACGGGAACGGGAACGGGAACGGGAACGGGAACGGGAACAGGAACGAUACAGAGUGUCUAGUGUACCUGGUGACGGUGCUUUUCUUCAUCACGAGCCUCAUCGUUUCGAGAUAAGUGAUUAUCAUAGUAAACACACUGGAUAUCCUGCGAUGCCUUACGCAUCCUUUCGACCCUCGAUGCAACCACGUUCCUCGUACGCUGGUCAUCAGAAUAAUAGCAACUACAGGAGCACGCAGUAUCAAAACAGGAAGCGCAAGUGGAGCGGGGCUGCGCUUCGUGGGAUGCAUCCGUCGAUGUCGUGGCCAACGUGGUUCUAUCGACCAGAUUUCCCUCUUGGUACACCACUGCCUCCAACAAAUCAUGUUUCAAACGCCAGCAGUGUUCCUACUUCGUCGCCUCUAUCCUCCAGAACUUUGCACUUGGAUGCGUCAAAGGGUCCAGAAUUUCUCGACAGCAGUAAGAUCCAUGGGCAAACUCCAACGAUAUGCACGUCCAUACGAUGCACUGUCAACGGAUGUUCCUGCGACUCGUUCACCCCUGGAAAGCGGCACAUCCGGUACUGCGACAGGUGUCAUCACGGCUGGGUACUCCAUGCGUUGGCGCGACUAUCGUCUGGUGGGGAUGUCGUCUCCAGCCCCCGUGGCACUGGUAGGGAUGAGAGGAGCGUUGGAGGGAGGGUAAAGCAGGCGACGCCGACGACCACGGUGACGACGACGACGACUGCGACGAGGACGAGCGCGUCGAGGGAAGGUGGUGGGUGUGAUGUUGGUGGGGGUGUGUUAGGUGGCGGGAGGUCGACUGGUGGGGAAGGAACUGUCAGUGGUGGGGGUGUCGGAGAGGGUGGUGGUAGUGUCGGUGGUGGAGGCGAUGUCGCGGAGAAGGAGGAGAGGCGACCGGCUUCAGAGAGUGUCGAGCCGACGGCCGCGUUUGACGUCGCAUCCCUCGUACUGUACGGCUCGCGCGCACUACCGAUACGCCUUAAGAUCUUGCUCGAUCAGUUGUUCAACCAGUUGCAGCACGCGCAAGUGACACGUUUACUAGCCGCUUUCGGCUGGACGUACGAGGAUUACACGCGAGGAUACAUACUGCAGAAUUCGCAGAACGGCCCGGUGCUGGACCGAUGGAGCAUCUGCUCUCCUGAAGAGGAGCCGCUGGUGUUACAGCAGUUCCUCAGAUUCGCCGAAACGCGUCCAUUCGUGCAGCAGUUGCUGCUGGCCGCCGGAACGCCGGGGACGGAUGCUAUGUCACCAAGCAGACGACCUUCGCCGCCGACGAUGCCACUAGCACACUUACCACCAUCUUUACACCUUCUCCACUGCGGUCUCCCGCCUCCAGGCUCGAGGUUGCCGCCUCCUUUGCCACCGCCGCCGCCGCCGCCGCCGCCACCGCCGCCUCCAUCCGUAUCGCAUCCGUCGAUGUCGCCAACCGCCCAAAAACACUAUUCCUCUAUGGCCGGUGGCAAUGCCGGGGUGACCAGCACCGCCAAUUCGCCACCAAGAGGCUUGGAUUCACAUUUGACGGUGUCGCCGUUGAACAGACUGCAGAGCAUGCAGCCAUUCGACUUUCGAAAACUGGGCACCAUAGGUCUACCGGCAUUUCCGCCUAUACCACCGCCACCAUCCACGGAACAGCUACUUCAGAACAGGAAGUCGAUGAGGAACCCGCAUAGUCCGCACAGUCCGCCUCACCAUUCGACCAGCAAUCAGUUGCAGAGGCCUCAUAUGCCACCUGUAGCCCCGGUAUCUUCGUCCGCGCUCAAUUUUGGACACCCACUCUCGGUCGCCGUAUCCUCCGGGGCGCUUCCGCCCAGCUUUCCCGCUCAUUUUCCACCGCCGCCUAUGGGCAAGUCCUCCGGGGCCGUGACCGGUAUCACGGCACCGACCGACGUCCACAGCGGUGGGGAGAAGAGCAGCGAAUUCGGCUCGGAGGAAGACGAGGAGGAUGAGGAAAAUUCGGACAGUGCCCUAAAUCUGAGUAGACGCGAUUCGAAGCACGCCAACGAACACCGACACCAUCCGCCGCUAUCUCUACAGGCUGCUCCUCUCGGCAGGCCUCCGGGUAUUCCUGGCAGAAAGCCUCAUUCUCCUGGAAAACGACCCGGUAGCCAAUGGGGCGCAUCCGCCAACAUACCGCCCAAUCUCGGAACGCCGUUCAUCAAUCCGACCACCGGGAAAAAGAGGGUACAGUGCAACGUGUGUUUGAAAACCUUCUGCGACAAGGGAGCUUUGAAGAUUCACUUCAGUGCGGUGCAUCUGCGAGAAAUGCACAAGUGCACGGUGACGGGGUGCAGCAUGAUGUUCAGCUCGAGGAGAUCGCGCAAUAGACACAGCGCCAAUCCGAACCCGAAACUCCAUUCGCCUCACCUUCGACGGAAGAUCUCCCCGCACGACGGCCGUUCGUCCAUGGCGCACGCGUUGGUUUUGCCUCCUCAGGUUGGUCUGCCUGUCCCGGCUCCGGGGCUAAAUCACCUUCCUUUCGGCUCGUUCCCGCUGUUGACCCCACCUCCGGAUCUUCGAUCGCCAGCCUCUCUAUGCGGGUUGGACUUUAAACACCUGGACCUGUCGUCCGCUCAGAACCAGGCCAGACCAGGCUACGAGGAGACGCUUCAGCAGAGAAUGAGCGUGAACGCGAGCAUGUCGACGACGGCGCUCACCACCGCCACCGCCGCGAUGAGCAACGCCAUCGAGACGCCCAACACCACCAUGGCGACCAGAGGUUCGUUCUCGGGCAGUAGCGCGGCUGACACCGUCUCUCCCUCGACUCAAGCCUCGACCGCGGCGGCCGAAGGCGAGGAAGAAGAGGAGGACGAGGACGGCGGCAUCGUGGUCGUCGCGGAGGAUGAUACGAGUAAUCUACCCUCUAGACUGCCCCUCCGUUCCGGAGAAGAGGACGACGAUCAGCCGGCUGACUUUAGCCUGGCGAAACGACCGAAACUCUACUUUGGCCACGAUACCGUGGACGAAGACCUUGUCAGCAACCCGGAUAGCAACGAGGACAACGACUCGAUGGGCACGCUCGAUCAACAGAGCUAUUCAGUAAGUCAACACUCCUUGAACUCUACGUCCUUGCACAGCAGAGGUGUCCGAAAGAGAAAGUCUCAGCAUCCGACUCGGUGUGCCGUGUUGACCGAGAUUCAUUCCUCUUCCACCGACGGAGACUCGUCCAACGACGAGGACAGGAUCCAGCGCCGAUGUCUAUCAGAAAGUGCAGGUAUCUCGUCGAUGAACGAUUUUCAGAAUCAACCCGAGGACAUGUCGAUGUCCAGACUAGAGGCAGAGGGACGGAAAACCACGCCGAGUUCUCCGAAAACGCUUAGCUUCAACGAUCAGGAAUCGAACUCUCGUUCGCCGGAAGCGUGUAACAGAGAGAGGGCAGCGAUUGGAACGGUACACCGCGAUACUGUCGCCUCUCAGGAGAACACGGAGGAUCUAGCUGAGGAGCAACCGCGGGAUCUAAGCUCAAAGUCACCGAAAAGGCAGAUCAGUCCGGAACCAAAGACGUCUCACGAGCCGGCGGAAGGUGAUCCUGUUGAAACCACCACCCCUGCGACAACGAACGUUCAGAAAGAGUCGAGAAGCUGCCCGGAGCAAGGGGAUCGCGUUAAAUGCAAACUCGAGGAGGGGACUAAGGAGGAGGAGGAGAAGUCGAUUAGAAGGUGCGCGAAAAAGGAGGGCGAGGCGGAGGAGAAAGCGAAGGAAGAAGAGGAAAACCAGGAGGAGGAGGAGGAGGAGGAGGAGGAUGAACCGAUGGAAGAGGUGGAAGAGGAUGAUGAUGAUGAGGAGGUGAACGACGCGCUGCGCAAUCAAGAAGGUGAGCGUCCUGAUGAUCCCUCCCGUGCCCCGAGCUCGGUCGACAGCCGUCCGACGACAGCCGACGACCUCUCCCACGACUCCUCGACCAACACUUUGCGUCAACUCGAGUCCUUGUCGCAGGGUCGCGCGAUGCAGUACACCGGGAUGCAGCAGGCGGCUUCGAGGUCUGGCCGCGGCUCUACCAGCCCCGUCAGCCUCACGACCCACCAGGAGACCACCAUGGACAAUUCCUCACGUGGCUCUCGUUCAUCCAGCGCCUCACCCUCCACAGCGGCCAUGGAUACGGACAAUAGCUUGAUCACCUAUGCCCGAUACGAGAACGGUGGUUUCGUCAGCACCCAGGAGGUACCCUUGGACCGGGAGAAUCCUCGUCGUUGCACCGCUUGUGGCAAGGUGUUUCAAAAUCACUUCGGGGUCAAGACUCACUAUCAGAACGUUCACCUGAAGCUGAUGCAUCGAUGCAGCGUGGACGGGUGUAACGCCGCCUUCCCAUCGAAGAGGUCUCGGGACAGGCACUCGGCCAACUUGAAUCUUCAUCGGAAGUUACUGUCCACCUCGUCCAGUCCUCCGCUCUCCUCGAGCUUGCCGCCAAGUUUAUCGCCCAGGGUCGAGGAUUCCCAGAUGAAUCCUUUGUUACACAACGAGUUCCUCGCGAGACUGUACGCGGAUGCCGGCAUCAGCGCUCUUGGUGCUUACCCUCUGACACCUGGACUACCUUCAGCGGUCGAUCUCGCCGCGAGAAUACCACCGCCUCACCCUCUCCUCCUACCGCCGCAUCUGGGAGCCACGUUUUCCGGUCUCUCCUCGUUCGCGUCUCAUCUGGCCGGCCUGAACGGCUUGACUCAUCAGCAUCUGAACCAUCUGACCAGGAUGUCGCAGGAGCAAGGAACCAGACACGUCUCUGGUUCGGGUUCCCCGAUGUCUUCGCCGGGUUCCGACGAUCGAAAGGAAGAGGCCAGGUGCACUAUACCUGGCUGCGAUCGGGUCUUUGGUUCUAGAGCGGUCAGAGACGCGCACUCCAAGGACCCACAGGCCCAUCGUGACUUACCGGUUCUCUCGACCAGUGGCUCGUGACCGAUCUCCUUUUACGGCCGCGAUUAUUACCCUCUACUGUGAUGCCAAAAUUCCGACGAUUCGACCGAUCGCCAAUGAUCUCGAUUAUAGAUGGGGUCGGUGGAAGGCCGGACACUCGCCAGCCUGGCCAAACACCGACUCCGUCCAUUCAACGUAAACGUGCAAUAAAGGAACGGGACACCUCCUGGUGAACGCAGCAACGAUUCAACGCGUUCCUCAGUUUAUUUUCUUAAAACGCAAGGUGCUCGAAUCUAGUCAAUUCGGAAACCUCCAGCCGCGCGGCUGGAGUCUGAAAUUUCGUCCACUUAACCCGCACAACAUGAUCCCUCAAUUCCGACAGUGUUCCUUCGUUCAAGCCGACUGGCGACCAGGAAAAGAGUACUUACACGUCAUCGAUUAUGCGUUCUCCUUGUUUUAGAGAGGUUCCCGUUCCCAAGAGUAGAAACUCUCGGCAUUCGAUUUAACAGCAAAUCGUUUCUUCGUUUCUGUAUCCGCGUAAGCGAAAAGGCGGUAAGAUUGAGGAGGAGGAGGAGGAGGAGGAGGAGGAGGAGAAGGAGAAGGUCGAUAGAAGAACGAACGACAACCGGAAAGAUCGAACUCGCUCCAGUUUCGAUCUUCCGGCUGAUUUUAUCAUCGUUGUGAUAAUGUAACGUUUAGUAAAUAUGCCACUAUUUAAUCAGUAAUCAAUUACUACUGCUGUAUAUAUUAAACAUAGUACCUUUCGAUGUAUCGCGCAAUUAAUCAAGGUAAGCUAUCGGACGAUAGUUUUGUAAAGGCUUGUAAAGAACCGAUCUUUGGACCGGGAAAUCGAGCCAAGGCUGAGGAUCUUAAAUAGGCAGCUAAAUUGGAGCGCGAUUUUUCAAAUGAAAGGCCGUUUGUUCGCGCGUUCACUGUUGGGUAAGAUCGAGUUUGAUUAUUAUUCUCGAAUUUGAAGUUUAAUUCCCUGAUUUUAUUCCCAGAACUCUAGGACCGAGUGAAAUAAUUUUGAAAAAGAUUAUCGUCGACAGCGAACGCGUUGAAACGAGAGUGAGAGGAAGAGACGGUGGCGGUGUGCAAGCAGCGACCACCGAUCGACCAGAAAAUCAAAGUGACGGACGUCGUCUCGAGCUAGAUAAAAUGAGAAUAGAUAGAUUUUAUUUAUUGUUUCCUAGGAAUCCUACACGACACACACUGUACCAGCGGCCAGUAGCGGGCACUGCCGCGAAGAUUUUUCUUCUCGUCCGGUCGCGUGCAUAGAUCACUUCCCUUUGUUAAGCGGAAGUGUUAACCGAUCGCGUUUUUUUCAUUCGUUCGGUUGUAUAUACCUACAUUGUAUACGUUAUUUUCGUAGUCUGUACGCGAUUGUACCGCGUGGCACGGUCAGCAUUUCAAAUUUCGAACGAACAGAGAAGAGCAGAGGAAAGAAAUUUAGAAGGGUAAAAAGCUUUUUUCUAUGCGCCUGAGCCUACGCGUUUUACACGUAUCGCCUAAAAUUUCGUCGAACACGCGACGAACUCGCUAUCAAUUACACUCCCCUAAGGGCGAACCAGAUUUACAAUUGUAAUUAUGUAUAAACGGAAUGCUAUGAUGUAUGAUAUUAUAGAUCGAUUAUAAAGAACACUCAUCAUUAUGAAAAUAAAAUACCUAUCGAAAUCAAUCGAGCCUGUUCUACGCCCCCUCGCACCUGUUCUGAACAGCCUUGCGCAGGACAUGGGUCUUCGAGAAUCGUUCGUCGUUGUACAAAUAAAUAUCUAUAAGAAUUGAUUCAA